UCGAGUGCGCAGGUGGAAUUUCCUGUUCCCACUCUGGCCGUGAGCGUGUGUGAGUGUGUGUUUGUGGAUCAGUUUGUUUCAGCCACCCGAACGAGGUGGAAAGUAAAAAAGGAAUAUGGGGAAGCUUCAGGAAUUUCAGAUCACUCUAAAAGACAACAAAGUGGUUUAUAGUCCAGGAGAGUCGAUUUCCGGGACGGUGAAAAUCUCCACUGCUCAACCCAUCCAGUGUAAAGCAAUUAAGGUGAACUGCCAUGGCUCCUGCGGUGUGUCCAACAAAGUGAACGACACGGACUGGGUCGAGGAGGAGCAGUACUUCAAUAGCUCUCUGACUGUGGCUGAUAAAGGCACUCUGAAACAGGGUGAACACAUUUUCCCUUUUAAGUUCCUUAUACCCGCCACAGCUCCAACAUCAUUCGAAGGGCCAUAUGGAAAGAUUAUGUACAAAAUCCGAGCGUUCAUCGACACGCCUCGCUUCUCAAAAGACUACAAAGCAGAGAAGCCCUUCUACAUGCUGAACAACAUUAAUCUUAAUGAAGUGCCUGACAUCUAUGAACUAAACUCUGCAAAAAUUACUAAGAAUUUCACAUAUAUGCUGAUGAAGAAUGGGACAGUUGUCCUGGAUGCUAAAACGAAUCAGCGUGGCUAUACUGCAGGGGAGAUCAUUAAAGUGUCCACAGAGAUCGACAACCAAUCGGGGAAGAACACAGGCCAUGUGGUGGCUUGUUUAAUGCAGAGAGUGACUUAUCAAACGAAAAAGCCGACUCAUGAAUUAAGAACGAUCGCGGAGGUGGAGGGAGCUGGAGUGAAGGCAGGCAAACAGGCUGCGUGGAAAGAACAGAUUAUCGUUCCUCCUCUUCCACAGUCGUCUCUGUCAGGGUGUAAUCUUAUCGAGAUCAGCUAUUACAUCCAAGUCUCUUUGAAGUAUCCGGAAAUUUUACUGACGAUGCCAAUUCAUAUUGGGAACAUUGCGGUUGAUCCAAGUCUCCGUCCUCCUCCUAAAGUCGCCAAAGCCUCCAAGACGGCUCCCACCCCAGCACCACGAAUUAACCCAGCAUCUCCAGGUUCAUUCAACGCCCCCGCUGCCUCUUCUCCACCAUCCACCUCCCCCAGUCUGCCUCCUCGCCCCGUCCCCCGACCACGUCCUCGCAGCAUGAUUGUCACUCCGAGCGCGCCCCCAGCAGACCCAGACAUGAUAGAUGCUGGGAAUCGUCAGAGCGAAGAGAUUCCUACAAAGCUCCACUCUCAGCAACAGGGCCCCAUGUCUCCCAGCGCCUUCAGCUAUGCCCCGGGCCUUGUGUUCCCCCAGUGUAUCAGCAACCCGUCAGCGCAUCAGUUCUCCCUCUCCACAGGGGCUACCAUCCCCUACUUCUCUGAAGGAAACGGCCCACCCAUGCCCACCUCCUGCCCGUUCAUCCUGCCUCCAGAUUACAGAAGCUCAGCACAACCGCAUGAUCCUCCACCAGCUUAUGAAGAUAGCUUUCUCACCACAUAAGUGGUUUCUGCUCUGUACUGAAUAGCAGCCGAUGAUUUAUUUUGGGACUAAUGUUCAUCCAUAACCACAUUUAAUGCACUUUUUGGACUUUGUAGUUACACCGGAAAACCAUGAUCAGAGCAAACAAACAUACUAAAAGAUCUUUUUGUGACGCUUGGAGUGGCAUCUCACAUUUACUUAUCCUACGUGUUUGGAUUGUUUUUUUUGUUAAUUCUUCUUCUUCUUGUUCAUGGGAGAUAUUGUGUUCAUUUGUAUUCAUGUAUACAUCUGUGUAUAGCCCACUUGUUUUAAAUUAGUUUCAUAAUAAUUAAUAAUUGUAUAUAAAUGUGAUUACUAUUUCAUCCAUUCAAGCCGGUCAUUACAGAAAAUCUUUUCAUGCGUGGUUCCUUUUUUUUUUUUUAUAGAUUUUACAGGUUGAUCGAAAACGUUUUUUAAUUCGCUACAAAAACUCUUAAGAAAUUAAGGAACUGGCAUUUUCAUUUGCAUUUUUUUUCCUCAGUGCUUCUAUUGAAGAUGAUUGUUUUAAAAAAAAGAACUAGUAUAUUUCCUUCUAUACAAACAUUACUUUCAUUUUUAUCACAGAAUAUUUUCAAAAUAAUUUUAUGUUGUAAUAAAACAGUUUUGUACACCA